AUGGCGCCGCCUCCUUCCGCCCUGUGCUUGGCUAUCGUUGCUUGCUCCCUCCUCGUCUGCGCUUUCGCCUACACCCGUCCGGCGCCAAGGGGUACCCUCUCCGUCCCCCUCGCUGAUUACGCCAACGGCCUCACUCCUCAGCAGGUCCACAUAUCACUUGUGGGGUCCGAUAAAAUGAGGGUGACAUGGAUCACCGACGACGACAGCCCGUCGGUGGUGGAAUACGGCACCUCCCUCGGCAAAUAUUCUUCGAAGGCCACCGGUUCUUCCGACUCCUACUCCUACUUAUUUUACCGCUCUGGCCAUAUACAUGACGUCGUCAUUGGCCCACUGAUUCCUGGCAAGCUCUACCACUACCGAUUAGGCUUGAACUCGGAUCGCAACUUCGUGUUAAAGACCCCACCUAAGUCUUUUCCCUUCAAAUUCGCUGUCAUCGGGGAUUUGGGUCAAACUGAGUGGACGAACUCGACACUGAAUCACCUGGCGGCGGCGGACUACGACUUGCUUCUGCUCCCCGGAGACCUCUCCUACGCUGACUUCGUACAGCCUCUGUGGGACUCAUUUGGCCGACUUGUGGAGCCGUUGGCGAGUUCCCGACCUUGGAUGGUGACGCAGGGCAACCAUGAGAUCGAGAAGAUCCCCGUCAUCCACCCGAAAAGCUUUGUCGCGUACAAUGCGCGCUGGCGCAUGCCGUACGACGCUGACCUAGCCACCUCCUCCGGCUCCAACCUUUUCUACUCUUUCGACGUCGCUGGCGGAGCCAUCCACGUGAUCAUGCUGGGCUCGUACGCUGACUUCGGCCCCGGGUCCCCUCAGCAAUCCUGGCUCGAGGCAGACCUAAAAAAACUGGACCGUCAGCGCCAGCAGUGGGUAAUAGCGCUAGUCCACGCGCCAUGGUACAGCUCGAACAAGGCACACCAGGGUGAGGGCGAGGAGAUGCGGGUGGCGCUGGAGGCGAUGCUGUAUGAGUCCCGGGUGGACGUGGUGUUUGCUGGGCACGUGCACGCGUACGAGCGGUUCGAGCGCGUGCACGAUAACCACUUGGACGCAUGCGGGCCGGUGCACAUCACCAUCGGCGACGGGGGCAACAAAGAGGGACUUGCCACCCGUUACCAGGACCCGCAGCCGGAGAUCUCGGUCUUCAGGGAGGCGAGCUUCGGUCACGGCCGGUUCGAGUUGGCCAACGCGACGCACGCACAUUGGACGUGGCGACGGAACGUCGACGACGUGGCAGCGGUGGCGGAUCAGGUGUGGCUCACCAACCUCGCUUCCGACCCGACUUGUCAUCCGAAACGCUGACAGAUUUGUAGU